GAGCAGCUGGCUGUCAGCAGCAGAAAAGAGCUCCUCAGAGUGGAUCUGAGGGAAGUGGAGCUGGGAGAGAGAAGCCAGAGGCAGAAAGGAUGAGGUGAAGACGAGCCAGCAGAAAGGAGUCCAGAGGCGGGAACUGGGGACUCUCCUGGGUACAGCCUAGAACGAAGUGUGGUACAGCAUGGCAACCCAGAACUUCCUUCAGGAGAUGCACUCGAUGGGCCAGAAGCUCCUUCUUAAGUUACGGCAGCUGCCUCAGGCCGAGCCUGUGGAAAUUGUAGCCUUCUCUGUCAUUCUAUUCUUCAUUGCUACUGUGCUGCUGCUCCUGGCAAUAGCCUGCAGCUGCUGCUGUACUCAAUGCUGCUGCCCUGACCAGAGAAGCCGGAAGAUUCAGGUCCAGCCCAUGACAUCGUCAUGAGAGACACGGUGAGGACAGAGGGAAAGCCAGAGAGGGGGCUGCCAAACUCUGCCAAGGGAUGGCUCGGCAGCACACAGCAUUCAAGACAGGGUGCAGAUGAAGAGAUCUAUUUUUCUGGGAUAAGCUGGAACAGGCCAAGUCGAAGCCACAUAGGUAACUGGCCCUAGCUUCGGCUCUGAGAAAAGUGCCUGGACACUGGGAACUGAGGCCUGAUGUGAAAAGUGGGGAGCCAGGAGGCUCAGAUGAACCUUUUGGCAAACAACAGAUGCCAAAGAUAAGCCAACUGUGCCAGAGACUAUGGACAAACUGUCUUCCUUUCUUGGUCUGUGCCUUAUCACAAAAAAAGGGAAGUAGGCCUAUUCCCAGGCCCCUGAAAAGGGCAAUCUCAUCCUUAGCCAUGUGCCACGAGAGGACUAAACUAACCUAUGCCAAAGAAGCCGCCAGACUGCAUGACAAUUAGUAUGUCCCGAAACCCAUGUGAAUGAGGAAAUGCUUUGAGCCUUUAUUCUAAAAUGUGUUUUUUUCUUUCCAAGUAAAAGUGCCAUUAAGGUACCAGUUACCCUGGAGUUUGCGGCUGGUUUAUUAGUAGGGGCCUCACAGGAGUGAUUGAUUGGUGCCUGCCUUUUCUAUGCCUCUCCUAUGCAAACGCUUAUGAAGGUCGCCCAAACAGAAGUGACUUGCAGAGUCAUGAAAAGAACUGACGGAGAACCAGGCAGAGGGUUGGAAUGAAUAAAUGCAGAGAAAUCUGUUAAACGGUAAAAAGGCAGCAAAACACAGGUCAAAUACAACGGAAGAUAUUGUCACCAAAUUAUUCAAGUAUAUAUCCUUUUUGUUAAUGAAUGGUAAAUACAAAAGUGGAAAAUGA